AUGGAGUUACCAAUACCGGAAGCACAGUAUUGGGAUGUUACAAAGAGUGCCCAAAAGGAGAGGGAAAUUGUACGGGAUUUCGUACCCAAAGGAGUACCCCUAAACAUUGUCAAUUAUGCCGAGGUCUUCGACUCCGAUACGUUCUUUUUGGAGUGCCAGAAGUACAGGGACUAUUACCGCGAUCCUUAUUCCAAGGUACAGCGUCCGAAAAGUUUUGAACUUUACAAGGGAAAGUGUGGGACUAAGUUGGAUCGAAGACUGGCGGUGAUGUUGCAAUCUGUGGCAGCCAACGAGGAUAGUCUUCCCCUCAUAUAUCCUUUAAUUGUCAACAGAUCCAUGAACAUCGGAAAGGGAUUUGGAAUGACAGCUCAGCACUCACAAAUUUCUUCUACAGUUUACAAAAGAUGA